CUCAAGAAGCGCAUUGCUUCUCUCUUAAAACCCUAAAGUAAAGAAGGCGAUAGAGGCGGAACGGAAAGAGAUAAGGAGGAGGAAGAAGACCAGCUGCGACCUCCUUUGAUUCGUUUCUUCCCCGAUCCCUCUAGCGGGCCGCUCUAUAUGAUUUCGCGAAAAAGAGCUGUGGAAGGACAGAUCGACGACGACCAGGCGGCUGCAGCGGCGGACGAUACAUUGCUGAAGAAGACGAGGGGGGACUGUCUGAUCUCUUCGGCGGCGUUGGAAGGCACAUCGGCGAUGGAGGAGGAGAACAACCAAGCAAACGGAAUGGAGGUCGACGAGGGCGGGCGCAAGCAGGCCGAUAUCGACGAGGACCUGCACAGCCGGCAGCUGGCGGUGUACGGACGGGAGACCAUGCGCCGGCUCUUCGCUUCCAAUGUUCUUGUUUCGGGCCUCCAGGGUCUUGGUGCUGAGAUCGCAAAGAAUCUCGUUCUUGCUGGUGUCAAAUCUAUCACUUUGCAUGAUGAAGGGACCGUAGAACUAUGGGACUUAUCCAGCAACUUCUUUUUCUCUAAGGAGGAUAUUGGUAAGAAUAGAGCUCUUGCUUGUGUUCUGAAGUUGCAAGAGCUUAACAAUGCUGUGCUAGUUUCUACCUUGACUGGAACUUUGGCUAAGGAGCAGCUCUCUAACUUUCAGGCUGUUGUUUUUACUGAUGUGAGCUUGGAGAAAGCAAUCGAGUAUGAUGAUUUUUGUCACAAUCACCAGCCUCCAAUUUGCUUUAUUAAAUCUGAAGUUCGAGGACUUUUUGGUAGUGUUUUCUGUGAUUUUGGUCCAGAGUUCUCUGUUUUUGAUGUUGAUGGUGAGGAGCCACAUACUGGUAUAAUUGCAUCCAUUUGCAAUGAUAAUCCUGCAACGAUAUCGUGUGUUGAAGAUGAGCGGCUUGAGUUCCAGGAUGGGGAUCUUGUUGUCUUCUCUGAAGUUGAGGGGAUGACAGAACUAAAUGAUGGAAAACCCAGAAAGAUCAAGAAUGCAAGGCCAUUUUCAUUUACUCUUGAAGAAGACACAACUCAGUUUGGUUUAUACAAGAAAGGUGGAAUAGUUACACAGGUAAAGGAACCAAAAGUCCUCCAAUUCAAGCUUCUAAGAGAUGCUCUAAGAGAUCCAGGGGACUUUCUUUUGAGCGACUUCUCCAAAUUUGAUCGUCCACCUCUGUUACACUUGGCUUUUCAAGCCUUGGAUAAGUUCAGGCAUGAUAUGGGACGUUUUCCUGGUGCUGGAUCAGAGGAUGAUGCUCAACAGUUUAUAGAUUUUGCUGUCAAUAUCAAUGAGAGUCUUGGUGAUGGUAAGCUGGAAGAGAUUAAUAAGAAAAUUUUGCAGCAUUUUUCUUAUGGUUCCCAGGCUGUUUUGAAUCCUAUGGCUGCAAUUUUUGGUGGUAUUGUUGGGCAAGAAGUUGUUAAGGCGUGUUCUGGAAAAUUCCAUCCACUUUUUCAGUUCUUUUACUUUGAUUCACUUGAAUCCCUCCCUGCCGAAGCAUUGGAGGCUAGUGAUUUUAAGCCUCUGAAUUGCCGAUAUGAUGCUCAAAUCUCUGUGUUUGGAUCCAAGCUUCAAAAGAAAUUGGAAGACGCCAAAGUGUUUAUAGUAGGAUCUGGUGCCUUGGGUUGUGAGUUCUUGAAGAACCUAGCUUUAAUGGGAGUUUGUUGCAGCCCAAAAGGGAAGCUCACUAUUACUGAUGAUGAUGUCAUUGAAAAGAGUAAUCUCAGUCGGCAGUUUCUCUUCCGUGACUGGAAUAUUGGGCAAGCCAAAUCCACAGUAGCAGCUGCUGCUGCUGUGUCAAUAAACCCUGAUCUCCAUAUCGAGGCUCUUCAGAACCGAGCAAGCCCAGAGACAGAAAAUGUGUUUGACGAUGGAUUUUGGGAGAGCUUAGAUGCAGUUAUUAAUGCAUUGGACAAUGUAACUGCCAGAAUGUACAUGGAUGGUAGGUGCUUAUAUUUCCAGAAACCACUUUUAGAGUCUGGAACUUUGGGUGCCAAAUGUAACACACAGAUGGUCAUCCCUCACUUGACUGAGAAUUAUGGAGCCUCCAGAGAUCCACCUGAGAAACAGGCACCAAUGUGCACAGUUCAUUCGUUCCCUCACAACAUAGAUCACUGUCUAACAUGGGCCAGAUCUGAGUUUGAGGGUUUGCUUGAGAAAACACCUAAUGAAGUAAAUACAUUUCUAAAAAAUCCAAAUGCUUAUGCUGCUUCUAUGAGAAACGCUGGAGACGCCCAGGCUAGGAAUCUUCUUGAACAUGUUCUCGAGUGCCUUGAUACAGAUAGAUGUGAGACAUUCCAAGAUUGUGUUUGCUGGGCAAGAUUUAAGUUUGAAGAUUACUUCUCCAACCGUGUGAAGCAGUUAACGUUUACCUUUCCUGAGGAUGCAGCCACCAGCACCGGUGCACCUUUCUGGUCUGCUCCUAAACGGUUUCCACGGCCAUUGCAGUUCUCAUCAAGUGACCCCAGCCAUGUUCAUUUUGUUAUGUCUGCUUCAAUUCUUAGAGCUGAGACAUUUGGAAUCGUUGUUCCUGAGUGGGCCAAAAACCCAAAGACGUUGGGUGAUGCUGUUGAUAAGGUAUUAGUCCCUGAUUUUCAGCCCAAGACAGGUGUUCAAAUUGUGACAGAUGAGAAAGCUACUAGCUUGUCCGCUGCUUCCAUUGAUGAUGCUGCAGUCAUUAAUGACCUUAUCGCAAAGCUUGAAGAGUGUGCCAAGAAGCUGCCUCCAGGAUUUCGUAUGGACCCAAUUCAGUUUGAGAAGGAUGAUGAUGCAAACUACCAUAUGGAUUUAAUAGCUGGGUUAGCUAACAUGCGUGCGAGGAACUAUGGCAUUCAAGAAGUCGAUAAGCUGAAGGCGAAAUUUAUUGCUGGGAGGAUCAUCCCAGCGAUUGCAACAUCAACAGCAAUGGCUACUGGUCUUGUGUGUCUGGAGCUAUACAAAGUGCUAGCCGGUGGGCAUAAGCUGGAGGACUACCGAAACACAUUUGCUAACCUUGCACUACCUCUAUUCUCCAUUGCCGAGCCUGUUCCUCCUAAGAUGAUUAAAUUCCGAGACAUGAGCUGGACGGUGUGGGAUCGCUGGAUCAUCCAUGGGAACCUCACACUUGGGGAGCUGCUGCGGUGGCUCAAGGACAAGGGGCUGAGCGCGUACAGCAUCUCCAGUGGUACUUCUUUACUUUACAAUAGCAUGUUCCCAAGGCACCGGGAUCGGAUGGACAGGAAGGUGGUUGAUCUGAUGAAGGAGUUUGCCAAGGUGGAAGUGCCUCCUUAUAGGCGGCACCUGGAUAUUGUGGUAGCAUGCGAGGACGAAGAGGAUGGGGAAGAUGUGGACAUCCCACUGAUAUCAAUUUACUUCCGGUAGACAGCAUUUGAGAUGGAAAGAAACAAAUAGGAAGACUUGCAUAUUUUCAGCUAGUCAAAAAAAGAAAAAAAAAAAGAAGGAACCGCAGGAGAUGGAUUGUACGCACCAUGCAUGCAGUCCACUUGCAUUUCUACAAGGCAUUCACUGGACUGGUCUUCCACAGUCUUUCCUGUUGGUUUAUGUUUCCGCUGUUCCAUUGCUUGAUCCGAGAGGUGUGGUGGUAAAUGGGAUAUAUUACAUGA